CUCUCUCUCUCUCUCAUGAACCGGGACGAAGAAAAGGGUUGGGACAGCGAGGAAUAGCUGGAGGGAGGGAUGGCUGAAUAACGAGGAGAGAAACACCCACUCCGGACUGACCGAAUUGUAUCAGGAGAGAAGGAGUGAGAGAGAAAGAGAGAGAGGGAGAGAAAGAGCAAGAAGAAAGCGGAACCAACCAUCCUAGUAUUCAGAGGAUUUCCUUUGGGGAUAAAAGGACGCCUCGAAUUGAUGCUGGAGAGGUCUAGACUGCUGCUUGUGAGGAUGUUGUCAACGGGGCAGAUGAGGUGGUGCUUGUGGGCUCCACUGGUGUUACUGGCCCUAGUUUCCCAUUCCCCCUCUAAGGCACAAGAUGAGGUUCCAGCUCCGAGGAGGCUGCGUUUCAAAGUGCUGAGCUCAAACAAACUCCUUGUUUCCUGGAAAGAGCCCAAAGGAGACUUUGACAGCUAUCUAUUCCUCUACAACAGUACACCAGGUGGUCAGCAGAGGGAAAUCAUAAUAUCUAAAUCUGACACAAAGGUGUUGAUAACAGACUACAACCCCUCUAAGGACUACACUGUCAGUGUCAUCAGUGUCAGUGGCAGUGAGCAGAGCAGACCUCUUCAGGGCAGACAUAAAGCUGAAAGAGGUGAGAGUGAUGGAGUAGACAAGACUGAGCCCGAGAGGCUGACUGAGCCAGUUGUACCUCCUGAGGAUGCCAACGAGAUCUCUGGAGUUGAUCAGUUUGUGUGCCACACUGAGGCCAUUGCAGACAUUGUGAUCCUGGUGGACGGCUCCUGGAGUAUUGGUCGGCUCAACUUCCGACUGGUCCGCACGUUCUUGGAAAAUUUGGUCAAUGCCUUUGAUGUUGGCAUCAAUAAGACAAGGAUAGGGCUGGCUCAGUACAGUGGUGAUCCCAGGAUAGAAUGGCAUCUAAAUACUUUCUCCGCGAAAGAUGCCGUCAUUGAUGCUGUUAAGAACCUGCCAUACAAAGGAGGAAACACUCUCACAGGCCUUGCAUUGACCUAUAUCCUGGAGAACUGCUUCAAGCCUGAGUCUGGCUCACGGGUGGGUAUACCCAAGAUUGGGAUCCUCAUCACAGACGGGAAGUCCCAGGACGAUGUCAUACCUCCUGCAGAGAGCCUGCGAAAUGCUGGGGUUGAGCUGUUUGCUAUUGGUGUUAAGAAUGCUGAUGAGAAUGAGCUGCUCUCCAUCGCCUCAGAGCCGGACAACACUCACGUCUACAACGUGGCCGACUUCAACAUCAUGAGCUCCAUUGUACAGGGUCUGACCAAGACUGUGUGUGAACAAGUGGAGCUGCAAGACAAGGACAUCAAACAGAAACAGACACCAGAGGAGACAGGAGAGCCACUUGAGCUGUUGACAUCAGAAGUCACACCCAGGAGCUUUAGGGUUUCAUGGAGCCACGCCCCUGGAAAUGUAGAGAAAUACAGAGUGGUUUAUCACCCUGCUAGCGGAGGAGAACCACAGGAGGCUGUAGUGGAUGGUAGUGAGACUUCAGUGGUGUUACAGCAUCUCACCUCUCUCACUGAGUACCGUCUGGCUGUGUUUGCUGUGUACGCAAACGAGGCAAGUGAAGCUCUCAGAGGAUCAGAAACAACCUUGGCCCUUCCCACAGUGACGGCCCUCCAGCUAUUUGAUGUGACUCACAGCACAAUGAGAGCAAGAUGGGACAGCGUGGAUGGAGUUUCUGGCUACAUGCUGCUGUAUGCACCUCUUACAGAUGAGGGAGACCUGGACGAGAAGGAGGUCAAGGUGUCGGAUGCAGUGACACAGCUGGAGCUGGAUGGAUUGACCCCUCGCACUGAAUACACCGUCACUGUUUAUGCCAUGUAUGGGGAGGAGGCCAGUGACCCUAUUACAAACCAGGAAACUACAUUACCACUGAGUCAUCCCAGCAACCUCCAGUUCUCUGACAUCACUCACAACUCCGCCCACAUCAGUUGGGACCCCGUGCCCAGAGGAGUUAAGGGAUACCGCAUCAUGUGGGUCAAGACAGACGGACUAGUCACAGAGGAGGUGGAGGUAGGUCCAGUGAACUCCUAUGACCUCAGUGAGUUGACGUCUCUGAUGGAGUACUCAGUGGCCAUCUUUGCCCUGUAUGAUGAGGGCCAAUCGGAGCCACUCACAGACGGAUUCACUACCACUCCAGUUCCUGGUCCUUUGGAUCUACGCUCCAAUGAUGUUGGCAUAGACAGCUUUCAGGUCAGCUGGGAUCACUCAGCCAAUGACAUCAUCCUCUACAGACUCUCCUGGGCACCGUUCACAGGUGGCGACACAAAGGAGGUGGUCUUGAGUGGAAGUGAAAACAGAUACAUGCUGACCAGUCUGAGUCCGUCGACUGAGUAUGAAGUUAUGUUAACAGCUGUAUUCAAAGAUGAAUCUGAGAGUGACACUGUCUCUGUUAUAGAGACCACAUUGGCCAAGACAACAACGAUUGCUACCACAACCACAGUGGCACGUCUGGCUGUGAGAAACCUUCUGCUGAGUGACGAGACCACCCAGAGCUUAGAGGCAUCAUGGGAGUUGGAAGACCCCCAAGUGGAAAGCUACAGGGUCUCCUACGCUGGCCUCAGGGGCGACCACCAAGAGGAGUCUGUGUUAGUUCCUGGUGGUCAGAGGAGAGCAGUGCUUCAGCCUUUACUGCCUGACACCCAGUACAAAGUGACAGUCACCCCAGUUUACACUGACGGAAAAGACGGAAUCAGUGUCUCUGCCCUGGGUGCCACAUUGCCCCUCUUGUCUCCCGGAAACCUACGGGUGUCAGAAGAGUGGUACAACCGCUUCAGGGUCACCUGGGAUCCACCUCAGUCUCCUACAGUGGGUUACAGGAUCAUCUACCAGCCCAUCUAUGUUCCAGGGCCAGUUAUGGAGACAACAGUGGGUAAAGAUUUGAACUCCAUGCUGCUUCUGAAUCUACUAACUGGGACGGAGUACAGUGUUCAAGUGACGGCUUCCUACCCUACAGGACAAAGUGAACCACUGCUAGUAAAUGCCAAGACAUUGAUCCUCGGUGUCUCUGGCUUGUCGACCUAUCAGGUACGUCCCAACAGCCUGUGUGUCCAAUGGCUGCCUCUUCUCCAUGCCACGUUAUACAGAGUCUCCAUACAGUCUACACUCAAUGGUCAGAGGCAGGAAGUGAGCCUGGGAGGUGGUGCUUCCCGACAGUGCUUCUAUGACCUGACUCCCAGUAGCCAGUACCAGAUCAGCAUUCACACCCAGAUGCGGGAAAUGGAGGGACCUUCUGUCUCCAUCACUGACAUGACGCUGCCAGCGCCCACUCAAGCUCCGACUGAACCCCCCACCACAGAGCCCCCUCCCACCAUCCCACCUGCUAAAGAAGUGUGUAAGGAGGCCAAGGCUGACCUGGCAUUCCUGGUCGACGGUUCCUGGUCCAUAGGAGAUGACAACUUCAUGAAGAUCACGCGUUUCCUCUACAGCACCAUGGGAUCACUGGAUUUGAUUGGCCCGGAUGGCACCCAGGUGGCCAUUGCUCAGUUCAGCGACGAUGCUCGGACAGAGUUCCAGCUGAGUUCCCAUGGCAACAAAGAAGCGCUGUUGGAAGCUAUUCAGAGGAUCAGAUACAAGGGAGGAAACACCAAGACAGGUCGGGCCAUCAAACAUGUGAAGGAGACUAUUUUCACCCCAGAGGCCGGAGCUAGAAGGGGCGUUCCUAAAGUCCUGGUUGUUCUCACUGAUGGACGUUCACAAGAUGAUGUCAACAAAGUGUCCAAGGAGAUGCAGAUGGAUGGCUAUAUCAUCUUUGCCAUUGGCUUUGCGGACGCAGACUACGGGGAGCUGGUGAAUAUUGCCAGCAAGCCCAGCGAUAGACACGUCUUCUUUGUGGACGAUUUGGAUGCUGUGAAGAAAAUAGAAGAACAGCUCAUUACUUUUGUCUGUGAGGCUGCCACCGCCACUUGUCCAUCAAUUUUGAUGAGUGGUAACACAAUGGCAGGUUUCCGUAUGAUGGAGAAGUUUGGCCUAGUAGAGAAGGAGUACAGCACCAUACCUGGAGUUUCUCUGGAGCCAGGUUCAUUCAACAGCUUCCCCUGUUACAGAUUACACCGUGACGCCCUGGUGUCACAGCCCACCAAGUACCUUCACCCUGAAGGUUUACCCUCUGACUACACCAUUUCUAUGAUGCUCCGUCUACUUCCUGAGACCCCGCAGGAGCCCUUUGCAUUGUGGGAAAUCCUCAACAGGGACAACGAGCCAUCGGUGGGACUAAUCCUGGACAACUCUGGAAAGACCCUGAUGUUCUUCAACUAUGACUACAAAGGAGACUUCCAGACCGUCACCUUUGAAGGAACUGAAAUCAAAAAAAUCUUCCAUGGCAGCUUCCACAAGCUCCAUGUAACCAUCAGCAAGACGUCUGUGAAGGUGGUGUUAGAUUGUUCUGUGGUCGGGGAAAAAUCCAUCAGUGCUGCUGGCAACAUUACCACCGAUGGAGUGGAGAUCCUCGGAAGGAUGGUUCGUUCCAGAGGCAGACGCGACAACUCUGCUCCAUUCCAGCUCCAGAUGUUUGACAUCAUCUGCAGUACAUCCUGGGCCAGCAGAGAUAAGUGUUGCGAACUGCCAGCAUUGAGAGUUGAGGAGCAGUGCCCCUCCAUGCCUCAUGCCUGUACCUGCUCCCAGGACAGCAAAGGACCUCCAGGACCUUCCGGACCCCCUGGCGGUCCAGGCAUAAGAGGAGCCAGAGGAGACAGAGGAGAGCCAGGAGUGACGGGACCUCAUGGUCCAGUGGGAGAGAUUGGCCCUACUGGACCCCCAGGGCCGCCAGGUCCUCAGGGACCCAGUGGUCUCUCUAUUCAGGGCCCCCCGGGUGCUGCUGGGGAGAAGGGAGAGAGAGGAGAGAUCGGUCCAGCCGGACAAAUGGGUGUUCCUGGAAGCUCGGGCUCCCCUGGUAGAGAUGGCCCCCCAGGAGUAAGGGGUCUGCCAGGUAAUAAUGGACCACAGGGACAACAAGGACCUCCUGGACCCCUUGGAUCCCCAGGAGCACCAGGAGCUCCAGGACCUGGUGGGCCAGCAGGGGCCCAAGGAGAUCAAGGACUUCCUGGUUCUGCUGGUACCAAAGGCGAUAAGGGAGAAAGAGGUGAUGUGCAAUCCCAAGCUGCUGUGCGUGCCAUCGCACGGCAAGUGUGUGAACAGCUCAUCCAGAGCCACUUGUCUCGCUAUAACUCUAUACUGAACCAGAUCCCUGUCCAGUCAGCGGUGUCAGUCCGAACAGUACCCGGGCCACCCGGAGAGCCAGGUAGGAGAGGCCUCCCAGGACCUCAGGGAGAGCAAGGGCCAUCUGGCAGGCCAGGCUUCCCUGGUGCUAGCGGCCAGAAUGGACAACCAGGAGAGAGAGGUCUGCCGGGAGAGAAGGGAGAGAGGGGGAGUCCUGGGAUUGGGAGUCAGGGACCUCGAGGACAAUCCGGACCUCCAGGCCCGCCAGGGGAAGGACGGACAGGCAGCCAGGGCCCCCCUGGUCGGCCUGGUAACCCGGGAACACCGGGGAGGUCGGGGAAUCCAGGUGCCUCAGGACCAGCUGGCCCACCGGGAUACUGUGAUCAGAACUCCUGUGUGGGGUACAACGUUGGAGUUCAACAGGACUAUGGGAAUGAUUACUGAGGAGCAUUCUCCAACCGUCCUCCUCUCCUCUCCUCACCUCCCUCCACUCCUCCCUCUGUGCCCUGUACAUAAGACUAAAAACUGAGUUGUUUGAAAUUGAUAAAUUAUUUCUUCGACGCCUCCAUAUUUCUUGAUGGAUAAUUACUCCUGGCCCGGUCUUUGACCUUUCACCCUGCAGCAGCGGUUUUUAGAUUUUGUUUCUACAGAGACCUUUUUUCUGAAUUACUCUUGCGACAAACACUUCAUUUUUGUUUGAUCUUCUGUCAAAUUAUUUGGAUUUUUUUAAGCAAUCUCACAGCAUGGAAUUUUGUAUUCACUCAUUUAAAGUUAACAAGUGAUUUUAGUCAACUCUGUGUCCAAAUUUUGGUCUGGUGUAAGUUUUUAGAAACAUUCGCACCAGAUUUAAGCCUUUAUGCACACAAUGCUCUUUGAUUCCUUAUUUACGGUAAAUAGAAACUGGAUUAAUUUUGACUAUCAGUUAACUUUCUUGAUAGAUUUGGAUCGUUAAUCUGGCUGCUUCAUCAUUUACAGUCUCUUACACAAAAAUGGAUUAGUUUACCUUCCCACAUAACAAGAACAAAACCCCAAAAUGCUGCUGCGAUGAUCACCGCCACUCAUCUCAGUUCACACAAUGGUUUGCUGCAGCAGCCUCCGCUUCAAGCUCAAAUCUCUACGAAAAAUAAUCUCAUCUUUUAAAGCCUGAUGGAUCAGCUAAAUAGUGAUGAAUUGCUUUGAUGCUGAUUAGCUGCAUUUAUUAGUGAACAACCCCUCUAUUUGUACAUCUCAUGUACUGCUAAUGUGACCUGGAUGUGAUCUUUUCAUUUCUGGAAAAAUGAUCAGAUCUGGGCAAUAUGGGGUAGCCCACAAAUCUGAUUUUCCUUAAGUUUCAUUAACACAUUUCCUCAUUAACCAGAACGUUUGGACCAUCGUAGGUACCAAAUCUGC